AUGCAAGUUGUGAUUAUUUGGGUUUAUAGGAAUAUAUUAGCUGAAUACGAAACUUACCUUGGUGUCACUAUCAAGAACGCUGUGGUUACUGUUCCUGCUUACUUCAACGACUCUCAGCGUCAAGCUACUAAGGAUGCUGGAGUGAUUGCUGGUUUGAAUGUGCUGCGUAUCAUCAACGAGCCUACUGCUGCAGCUAUUGCUUAUGGUCUUGACAAGAAGGCGACCAGCGUUGGAGAGAAGAAUGUCUUGAUCUUUGAUCUUGGUGGUGGGACUUUUGAUGUUUCUCUUUUGACGAUUGAGGAGGGUAUCUUUGAGGUCAAGGCUACUGCUGGAGACACUCAUCUUGGUGGUGAGGACUUUGACAACAGGAUGGUUAACCAUUUUGUUCAGGAGUUUAAGAGGAAGAGCAAGAAAGAUAUUACCGGUAACCCUAGAGCUUUGAGGAGGUUGAGGACGGCUUGUGAGAGAGCAAAGAGGACUCUAUCUUCCACUGCCCAGACCACCAUCGAGAUUGACUCUCUCUAUGAGGGAGUUGAUUUCUACUCUGCGCUCACACGUGCUAGGUUCGAGGAGCUCAACAUGGAUCUUUUCAGGAAGUGUAUGGAGCCUGUUGAGAAGUGUCUACGUGAUGCUAAGAUGGACAAGAGCACUGUCCAUGAUGUUGUCCUUGUCGGUGGUUCUACACGUAUCCCUAAAGUUCAGCAGCUUCUCCAAGAUUUCUUCAAUGGUAAAGAGCUCUGCAAGUCUAUUAACCCAGACGAGGCUGUGGCUUAUGGUGCAGCUGUUCAGGGUGCUAUUCUUAGCGGUGAAGGCAAUGAGAAGAAGAUGGUUCAAGAGGCUGAGAAGUACAAGUCUGAGGAUGAGGAGCACAAGAAGAAGGUUGAGGCCAAGAAUGCUCUCGAAAACUAUGCUUACAACAUGAGGAACACCAUCCGUGAUGACAAGAUAGGUGAGAAGCUUCCUGCUGCAGACAAGAAGAAGAUUGAAGACUCGGUUGAGGAAGCUAUCCAAUGGCUUGAUGGUAACCAGACUGCUGAAGCUGAUGAGUUUGAAGACAAGAUGAAAGAGUUGGAGAGUGUUUGCAACCCAAUCAUUGCCAAGAUGUACCAAGGAGCUGGUGGUGAGGCUGGUGGCCCCGGUGGAAUGGAUGAUGAUGAAGCUCCUCCUUCUACAGGAGGCCCUGGCCCCAAGAUCGAGGAAGUCGACUAA